AUGGAAGAGAACGCUGUGUUAUUCCGGGAUGGCAGCAUAAGUCGAGCUUAUGGAACAACUUUUGAGAGCAGCAUCAACAUAACAGACAUAUGUGAGGGCAUUCAGGGCAUCAUCCAAGGUUUAACGAGAAUAGUUCCUAUACAAUUCAAGAAUGCGAGUAUUGAUAGAGAUUCCUUUGUCACAUUAACACUCACGCCUUUGGACCUACGUUUGAAGAAUACAAUACAUCCACGAUGUAGUGUAAGGCUUGUUCAUGAAACUGCUGCUUCGUUUAUUUCUAAACUGGUUAUUGUAAACCAACUCCUGAUAUGCCCUCAGAUUGAGCUAUUAAAACAUGAAUACAUUAUUGAUAAUGCUUCCGAUACGUUACAACUUGUAAAGAACAAAAUACAGGUGGAAAAUUAUUUCAUUAGGGACAGGAGAGUUAGAAUAUGCCUGGCUGAUUUCAAUACAUAUUUAGAAGUAACAGUGUCUAUACCACUUCUUCAAAGAAUCUAUAAAGUGGUUGACAAUGUGUGCACUAUUUUAUCAUUAUUUUGUCUCUUAAUUACUUUCAUUACAUACUGCGUGUUUCGAUCUCUCCGUAACGUUCCUGGCAUUAACAAUAUGAGUUUGACAAUUUCGCUCUUUUGUGCCCAGUUAACCCUAAAACUUGGUAUUUGGCAACCAGUUGAUUCUACCUUUUGUCCAGUAUUCGGCAUUUUAAUUCAUUUGUUUUGGCUGUCUACAUUCUUUGCUAUGAAUGUAUGUUCUUUUCACAUGUACCGUGUCUUUAGUUCAAACAUUGUUCCCUUGUCAAAAUUUACCAGGAAAACAAAUGUGCUAUAUCUCCUGUACACGUAUUUUUCACCAACAGGUAUUGUGUUAUUAACAAUAGGUUCACACCUAGCCAUGUCUGAGGGGCAUUCUUUUGGGUAUGGCGAGUUCUUACUAAGUGUCGAAUGUGUUGUUCUGAAGACAUCAAGAGUUAACGCUCAACAGAUAGGCCCCAGAUGA